AUCUCACACACGUAGCUAGUGACGUAUACAAUCACCUUUACGUACGAUUUUCCCUUUGCUUUUGAAAGAGAACUUACAAUUUGUCCGAAGAAUGAGUCAGUUCAGCCAAAACCAAUCUGCAGGAGCUUACCAAACGCCACCAGCGUCAACCAGUCCCUACCUUGCACCGCCUCCUGCCGGUUACCCAACGAACGACACGAGUCAUGCUACGAUGGCUCCGGUCGAGACAAAGUCUAAGGGUGAUGGAUUCUGGAAAGGCUGUCUUGCCGCCGUGUGUUGCUGUUGUGUCCUCGACGCCUGCUUCUGAUUUGAGAGGAGAUCAGUGGUUUAUUUGUUGUUAGUUCUCGUGCGAAUGAUUUGUAUCUUGCUUUGUUGUACCAUGUUUGGGAUUUGAGUAGUUGAUCACAUU